GCCGGCACGGGGCCUUCACUCUCAAACAACUGAACUCCUCCUUUUCUUGGCCUAAAGCACAUAUAUAGCUUUCGUUGUUCCAAGUACGUAUGGCUCCCACCGUGAUGGCUUCAACCGCCACCUCCGUGGCGCCCUUCCAGGGGCUCAAGUCCACCGCUGGCCUACCUGUCAGCCGCCGCAACAGAAGCGCCGCGGGCCUCGGCAGCGUCAGCAAUGGCGGAAGGAUCAGGUGUAUGCAGGUGUGGCCGAUCGAGGGCAUCAAGAAGUUCGAGACGCUCUCGUACCUGCCGCCGCUGUCCGUGGAGGCCCUGCUGAAGCAGAUCGAGUACCUGAUCCGCUCCAAGUGGGUGCCCUGCUUGGAGUUUAGCAAGGUCGGCUUCGUCUUUCGCGAGCAUGCCAGGUCCCCUGGAUACUACGACGGCAGGUACUGGACCAUGUGGAAGCUGCCCAUGUUCGGAUGCACCGACGCCACACAGGUGCUCAAGGAGCUGGAGGAGGCCAAGAAGGAGUACCCUGACGCUUUCAUCCGGAUUAUCGGUUUUGACAAUGUCAGGCAGGUGCAGUGCAUCAGCUUCAUCGCAUACAAGCCACCCGGCUGCCAGGAGUCCGGCAAGGCCUAAGCUUCAAGUUGAACCAAAGCAAGAGCCCUUAAUUAUAUCGAUCAACUCUGCUUUCCAGAGUUUAUUUCCCGUUCCAUAUGUCCAACGUACGUGCGUAGCUCGAGGAGCAUGCAUAUGUGAAUUCAAGAACCGCCCGCCGGCUACAGAUGUACACAUACAUAUACUGUCAUAAAUAUACAAUUUAAUUAUGGUUUGCGCAAA